CCUCCGCUCGGAGUCAAGCUUUGUCAAAAAUUCAUUAAUUUUAUUGAAUUACUCCAACUAAAUAAAGUUUCCUAUAGCUUAAACCCAAUUUUUCCUAAAAUUAAAUCAUUAAAUAAACAGAUAACAGAUAAAACAGAGUAUACUUGAGGAUUAUUAGUCAUUUUGGCACUGAUGGAUGCCGACAAUAGCUCAGAAAAUGACCAUCAGAAAAUAGGUGAUAAUUUUGAGGAUAACCCAGAUGAGAUAAAAGAUGAUAACGAUGGAGAAAUGGAAACAGCUAACUCUCCUAUGGCAGAAGGAGAAGAUAAUUCUCCAAAUGACCGUGACUUGGAGCAAAUGCAAGGCUUGAUAUUUGAUGGUGGUAACAAUUCUAAUGCUGAUAGAGAACCAAUGCUUGAUGAUGAUAAUUUUGAUCUUUCUCCAUCUCAAGAUGCUGAAAUGGUUCUACCGUCUUCAGAUAUUGUAGAUUCUACUCCACAGUCUUCAUCUUCACCAAUAGAAACUCCACAGUCACCAUUAGAAACACCAGGAUCACCUGAAGAAUCCCCAGAAUCCCCAACUCAAACUCCCAUUUCCACAACUGACACACCAAUUUCCCCAACUGGCACGCCAGGAUCGCCAAAUUAUCAAGAACCCGACAGUUAUGGCUCUCAUCCUAUUAAAUCUGAAAAUGAUGGGAGCUACAUUCAAAGUUCUGGUUCAGACAAUGAUGACAAUAUUGAUUCCCAAAAUUCGGAAAACAGGGAAGAAGAUAUAUCUGCUGAUAAUCAGAUCUCAGAGGCUGAAUGCUUGAUACAAAAUCCAGUAUCUUCAGAGGAUAUUCAAGAUGAGGAAAGGGAUGUAAUUGUAACUUCUGAUGCGAAUAUUUCUAACUCACUAAGUGUUGAUGAUGAUAUAAGGAGAACUGAUAAUGCUGAUAGUUUUAAUGAUGAAGUAAGUGGUAGUUUGAAAUCAGAAGUGACAGCAGAUAACAUGUCCAGUGAAGCUGUAGCCUCCACUACAGAUAAUGUAGAUUCUUCUAAUUUAAAAGUUGGUGUUUGCCCAGAUAAAGAUUCCUAUAAAGUGGCCGACUCAACUCAAAGUAGUUGUGUUGACAUUGCAGAAGACAAUAAUCAAGUUGAUAGUAAUGAAUCACUGGAUAACAGUGACUAUAAAUGUGACACAAAUGUUUCCCUAGAUUCAAAAGUGCCCUAUGCAGAAGAAAUCGAGUCUCCUGAUGAAUCCAUUGAUAAUUCUUCAUCCUAUAGAAAAUUAGAAGCAGGUGCGGAACCCAUUGAAUCUGAUGAGUCAGAUAGUGAAAUUUUACACAUGCCCGAUCAAUCAAGCUCAAGUUCUGUUCAGUUUGCCAGAGCUGACUCAAACCAAACUCAUGCAAAUAUAAGUGCUUUAUUUAAGAAUUCCUCCUGUACUGGCGAUAAAGGUCCACUACCAGAUGCAUCGGGUUAUACAUCUGGCGAUGAUACUUUAGAUCUUGAAGCCAACAGUCCAAGUGAAAGACCUCAACUUGAUUCUCAUUCAGGAAUAAGACUUUGUGCAAACAUUCCAAAUAAAGGCACAAGUGAGGAAGACGGGGAGGUAACUGCUAGUGGUCAGACAGACUCUCGAGAAGUAUUAAACUAUGAUGCUAGUGUAAAUGGUGAGUGUAGUGUAGAAGAGAAUAAGAUAAGUGAUAAAAUGACUAAUAAUAAACCCAAUAAUAAUAACACUAGCUUUAAUGAAGAACAUGUAGAAUUAGAUUAUGAUGAAGAAGAAGAAAGAAGUGAACAUGAAGAAGGAGAGAUGAGAAGUGAUGAUGAUCAGGAUAUGGAUAAAUCUGAUGAUGGAGAAAUAGAUGAUGAUGAAGAUUGUGAAGAAGGAGAAAUACGUGAACCAGGUUCUAAGAAACCAUUUGUAAAGCCUAUCUGUAGAUUUUUUGUUAAAGGAAACUGUACAUGGGGUGAUAAUUGUCGAUUUCUACAUCCUGGUAUUAAUGAUAAAGGUAACUAUAGUUUAAUAGAGAGACCAGGUUUUAAUGUCAUAAUGGGACCUAGAGGACAGUAUGGUCCAACAUGGCAGCAGAGUGAUGCAUGUCCAGAACCUGAGAUUCUUCCCCCACCACCUAUUGAGGAACCAGUAGUUGAAACAGCAUGGGAGAGGGGUCUUCGUCAGGCAAAAGAGAUGAAGAAGAAAGCAUCAGAAAGAAAAGAAACAGAAAUAGAUUUUGAGGAAAAACGUUUGAAUCUAAAUUUAGACGAUGUUCCUGAUAAGGAAUUUAAUAAAGAAAAUGAACGUCACAGAUAUAAAGAUCCUUAUUAUGACGCUGGAUAUGAAGAGCCAGAUGAAUAUUAUGAUAGACCCCAAGGCUUUCAGGCUGGACAGUAUGAAAACUUUGAAGUUCGGUGGACAAGAGGUCCAGAUAUGUUGGAGGACUUCAGGGAAAAAGAUAGAUUCAAAGAAAAACAUUUUCCACCAUCUCAUGUUGAAAGAUUAUACCGUCCAGAAUCACCCAAGUUACGACCUGAACCUAGAGAUCCAAGAGAUUCACAACCUCCUGUUGUAAGAGGUCGAGCAGAUGAAUGGAGAGAUCCCUGGCAAAGAUCCAAAUCUCCAAUUAAAAAGAAAGCUCCUAGGAAUUCACGACCUAGACGAAGACGGCGUUCUCACAGUGGUUCAUCUCACUCCUCUAGCUCUUUCUCUUCAUCUGGUUCGAGAUCAUAUUCUUCUAAUUCUUACAGUAGUGGUUCAUCGUAUAGUAGAUCUUCCUCUUUUUCUAGGUCUUCUAGAUCUCGGUCACGUAGUCCAGGGAUCAAUAAAAGACCUCCACCAAACUCCAGAGAAAUGGGUCGUAAUUUUCCACCUCGUAACAUGGACAGAAGGGGAGGUAAUCCUGUAUAUCCACAAGAUUCAAGACCUCCUGUACCAUUAAGAAAUAUGGAACCUCGUAGUGCUGUAUCAGUUAAACCUCAAAGAAGUCCAGAUAGACGUAGACCACCUGCUGCACCGUUACCUCUUACACAAAGAAAUGUUCAAAGUUUAGCUGGUAAAAGAGAAAGAAGACCACGAACUGGUAGUCAUAGUUCUAGUGGUAGUAGUCGUUCAACAUCCUCUCAUAGUGCCAGUAGUGUCUCAACUCAUACAAGUUCAUCAUCAAAUAGUAGUAGUGGCAGUGCCGACUCACAGCAUUUAUAUCGAGAUUUAGAUAAUCCUACUAAGCAUGGAUCUAAAGCAGGAAACCCGCAGAAAAAAACAGGAUCCAGAAAAAAUAAGAAAAAACCAGUGUCUUCCACAGAACCACGGUCAGCUACUGCAGGCAAAGCACCUCGUCAGGCUGGUCGUCCUGAAAUACCUAAUAGACAAGGUCCAGUUACACCAGUAAAAGCUAAAGAUCCUUUAAAACUUGUAGGACAAAAAUCUAACAUUAAAUUGACAUUAUUAAGUAAAGGUGAUAAAGGUAGUAGUAGUGAUCAAUCAGCACCAGUUAAAAGACGUUUAGGUGAAAUGGGUACUGGUGUUCCACCCAGUAAAAAACAAGCUAUUUCACCUACUAAGCAACUUACAGUAGAUAAAGUACCUAAACAACCAGCAACUCGACCGGAGAAAGCUAAAUCUCCGGUUAAAGAGAAACCUGGUCCUACAACUACAAAACCGAGUAAACCUCAACCAACUGCUGUUGUUAAACUCCCUGUUAAUAAACCCACUCCUCCUGUUACACAGAUGGCAGCACCAGCUCCUACCACUCAAUCUAAACAAAAAAAGAGUAAUUCCUCGCGACGUGAAGAACUUCUAAAACAAUUAAAGGCAGUAGAAGAUGCCAUAGCAAGAAAAAAAUCAAAAAUGCAAUGAUGUACAGCUUUAUUUAGAUGUGUGUAUUUUAAAUUGAUGUUUGUCCAAUAUCUUCAUAUUGUACUUCUCUUUAGGAACUGUGGUUGGUUACUUUAAUAACUUUAUACAUAGGUUGUGUUAUUUCUCUGGUUAUUCAGGUCAUAUUAGUGAAAAUGCAUGGAAUAAAGGUGUCAAUUAUAUUUUUUUUUUCUUGUUAUAUGGAACUUUUCACAAAUCAUCAUGUACACAUUAAUUACAAUAAGGUUGAGAGUUUGUAAAAUAAUUGCCAAGAAGAAUGUGAUGGAACUGUUGUUUGAUAGAUUAUUUUGUCAAAUUUAUAAAUUGAAAAUUUAUUUAAUGCAAUGUUUUAAUUAGAUGUUUGUUUCAUUGAAGAGCACCUUUCAAUAGUAUUAACAUGUCAGUGAAUAAUAAUGCUAAAUAGUAUAUUGUGGUGGAUAUAUUUGUUUGACUAGAUUCCAUUGGAAGUUAUCAAUCAUUGUUGUGAAAACAUAAGUUACUUUAUGUACUGGUUGCCAUAAUCUUAUCAUACGGUAGUAUGGAAUAUUUUGUUGAAUAUCAGCAGGUCCUAUAACAACUUGAAAGUAGUUUUGUGUGCUAAGAAAACUUCUUUAAGUUUCAUUCAUUUGAUUGCAACAGCUUGUUAUAUUUCUUUUUAUAAAUUUAUGAAAAGCUUGUUAUAUUUCUUUUUAUAAAUUUAUGAAAAGAUAAACUUCAUUAUUCACUAGAUAUGUGAAGAUGGUAUCUGGCGUUACAGCACACUAAUUAUUUUUAUCAUAGAAACAAAAUGUUUCAUCUCUAAUUUAAGUUAUUUCAUUGUUUAUUUUGGGGGGUUUUAUGAGUAAAAAAUUGAUAAUGUAAAUAGUAUUUGAUCGCAACCCAUUGUAAAUAACAAUAUCAUUUUAAUUCACAGAUUAAGGAAUGAUAUAAAUUAGAGUUUUUUUGUAGAGAUGUAUUAGAGAUGUAUUAUAGAAUAUUUAUGAAGUUGUGUUAAUACCUAGGUUCUCAACCUUGGGGUCGCGACGCCAACUGGGGUAGCGGAGUAGUUUUCGUGGGGUCGUGGCAGACAACUCUGAAACUGCUAUGUUUUCAUGAAAUGCAUAUUAAUCUCUGAUCUAUUCACCUCUUUCCACAUUGCCAAUCAUUUUUCCUCUCUCACGCUCACUAUUUGUUUCCUCAAUCUCUAAAUUACAACAUUUUGAUCUGUAAAUAAUGAUAAUGUUUCAUAGUAAAAGGUGACUUUGUUCUUCAAGGGGUCGCGAUCAGAUGAUGGUUUCUGGAAUGGAGUCGCAACCAACAAGUGGUUGGGAACCAAUGUGUUAAUACAGUCAUGUAAAAACACUACAUAUACAUAAUAUAAUAUAAUCAUGAAAUUACUGCUGGACUAAAAUGUAGGUUAGUUUUUCAAGUCUGUGGUGUGAAAACAAAAAUUCUGUGUUGGAUUUAAAUGUAAGUUUUCAUUUCUUGCUUUAUAGAAUGAAAUGAGAGCAGACUCAUAUUUGUAUAUCAUACCUCGCAAUGAUGCCAAUCCCAAUUUGAGAUCAGGUGUUGGUAAAAUUGCAUGUAAUCAUCCACAUGAUUCUUUAUGAGCUGAUGAUUGAUCAAGAUGUUAUUGUAUACGUUUUUGAGCGAAAUUCGUGUGUCUGCUUCAUUGUUACCUUUGCUGGGACGGACAGAAUUCUGUUCCAGAAUGUUCAGUUGAGUAUUCGUAUCUGUAGGGAUUCUAAGUCUCAAAUUAGGUUUGUGUUCAGAUUUUAUGGAAGGAAAUAUAACAGGUAAUACUAUCAGAAUGGCCAGUAACAUAUUAUAUAAUACAUGAACUAAUCGAGUAGAAUAAAUAGAUUAUUAAAUUCAGACAUAAAACUUCUCACAUCUGAAUCUUGUUAAUAAUAACAUUUAAAAGCUGUAUAUCUAUAUUAUUUCAACUGUUAACCAAUGUGUACCUUAAUGCUGAGAAAUGUGACAUUUUAUUGACCAUGUUGAUUUAUGCCUUAAAGUUACAAAUAUUAAAAUCAACAAUAAAAUUUUGUAGAGGUUUGACCUCCAAUGAUGUUUUAUGAAUACCUUAAUUAAUGUAUGUACACAUAUAAUUAAGUGUGAGUUGAGGAAGUGGUGGUGAGUAGAUAUUUGUUGGGUCCAUUGGUGUACUCCAUUGAACGUUCCUUGAAUUAAAUUCCCCCAAUCCCUAAAAUAGUGACAACAGAGUGAAAAGGGGGAUUUCAGGUGACAACGCAUGCGCCAACUGCACCAGACAAUACCUCAACCAACCAUGACAGCUGAAAGGGCCAUAAACUUUUGACACAUGGAAACGUCAUAUUAUAUCCAUGUUGUUCUGUAGUAUAAGAGUAUGUGCUAUUUAUGUGUAUGCACUGUUGUAUACAUCUAGACAUAAAUUAGAAGAUAAAAUAUACUGCAUUUAGAUUGUUCCAUUCUCUUUUAAGAAAGCUUGAUAAUUGUUGAAAUUAUUGUCUUGAGAAAUUGAACAUAGUUAUUUGUAUAGAAUUAUGACUGUAUCACGCCUAGUAAUUUAUUUGUCUCUUGCAAACUGCAACCCUAGGAUCCCAUAGCAGAACAGUUUGGUUUUGCAGACUACAGUCAUUAGAAUAAUUGUAUCUUUCAAAUCAUUUUGUUGAAUCUGAUAAACCAAAGUAUAAUGCCACCACAUUUUAUGUUUCCAAUGUACUUUGUUAUCUAGCUCUAAGAGUUGAGAUACUAGCCAGAGACACAUUUAGCUGUAUAAUGUAAAUAGUUGUAUAACAUAUUGUAAUAUAUUCAUAAAGACAUUAUGUAAAUUAUUCCAUAUAUAAAAUACAAUAAAUUGGAAAAAGUA